AUGCGUUUGUUUGUGUUGUUGUUUCUCUGCUUUCCCCCCCUCUGCCUCUCCUCUCGCGCUGGCUUGAGCCAUGAUGAAGCAGGGGUUGAGGAGGCUGUAGCUGAGGAUAUCGUUGCAGCAGCAGAGUCUGACGCUGCUGCUGCUGCUGCUGCUGCUGCUCCUGCUCCCGCUGCUGAAGGUGAUGCUGCUGCCGAUGCCCCCGUUGAGCUGAGUGCUUCCCCAGCUGAGCCGUCUGCUGCGGCCGCAGCAGCAGCAGCAGCUGAUGAACAAUCUCCUCCUGAUGCAGCAGCAGCAGCAGCUGCUGCACCCGCUGCAGCAAGUCCGGAUAUUUCUAUGCCUGUAGAGUUGCAGGAAGAUCCUUUGUAUAUACCUCUUCGUCAGGCAGUGAAAACGAAAGAGUUCUGGCGUGAUAGAGCACUCGAACUGCUGAUGAUGGUGGUCACCACAUACACCGUAAUUUGGGCUUAUGGAAAGAUGGGCUGCCCCUUCAAAAGGUGGCCGCUUAAACUGCUUGUUGAGGGGAGACAAAUUACAAUACCAGCAGCAGAAGAAGAAGAAGAAGAAGAAAGAGGAGAAAUCGAUGAUGAUUGGGGGGAGGAUAUGAGAGAGAUGCAGUGA